GAGCCGAAAAAGAAGGGAGCAGGAGGACGCCACCCCGGGCGCGAAAAAGCCCCUCUCCAAAACCACGCCGCGCCGCAGCAUUCUGCCAUUCCCGCAAAAAACUCGCCGGCGGCGGCGGAGACCCACCCAUGGUCGGGUCCGACGUCCCUCCCGGCAGCCCCGGCGCGGCCCCGGGGUCCCCUGAGCAUUCAAGGAAGCGCAAGAGCGUCUCCGCGGCCGCGGAGGGGGACGCGGCAGCGGCGUCGUCGUCGACGAGGCGCGCGACGCGGAGCUCGGCGUCGCCGCUGGUGGACGUGGAUGGCGCGUUGGCGUGGGCGCGGCGGGCGGCCACGGGGGCAAUGUGGGCGGUGCGUGGGCGGAACCGCGGCAUCGUCGACGACGAUGGGCUGCUGGCGGUGAUCCUGGCGCUGCGCCACUCGCGCACCGAGGAGGUCGACCCCGACGAACCCGGCACGCCCUACUCCAAGAAACAGAAAAGACUUCACAAAGGCACAAGGAGUUCUGGGAGGAUAGCUGGUGACCUCAGUCACUUAUAUAGUUUUCUUGUAUCAACGAGGAAACUUAUUGGGAUGGACCCUGUCAUGCAUCAAGCUGCUGUCCCUGAGUGGGUUAAUGGCCCAUCUGAGGAAGAAAAGGCUCAGUACAGAGAUGAUAACGAGACCUUACAAAAGAUAGGCACUGUGGUCAAGCUGCCACCCAUUGUGGAGCCACGGAAGACGAGGAAAGCAAUGGAUGACAAGUGUAAAUGUUCUCAUCCUGGAUCUGAGGCCUGUGCAGGAGUUCAUGUAAAGGAGGCCUGGAAGAGGGUCAAGUAUCAAUUGGGUGAUCAUGCUUUCAGAAACUGUGGGUUUGAUGCAAUGGGUGAGCGAGUUCUGAAGUUAUGGACUGCAGAAGACAAGAAGAAACUUGCUGAUAUCGAGAAGUCAGUUCCUCAGAAGAAUCAUGAGGACUUCAUGAGGAUUGCCUUGAAGCAGUUUAAGUCAGAGAGAACAAUGGAUUUGACCCAGUAUUACUACAAUGUUUUUCUUCCAAAGAGAUUGGCCAGCCUGAACAGGGCAGAGGCUACAAACGUCAUAAAUGCAAGUCCAGAUGAUGAGGGCAACGAUGAAGAUGAUGACAACGAUGUGCAUCGCUCUAAAGAGAAGAAUAAGGGCUCUAGAUCUUCUUCCAAAAGGUCCAGAAAGUAGGGGAGUCAAACGAAGUUGAGAUGGGUUGGCUGUCAUUUUGCUGCGGAGGAAGAGGAAGUAGGGAAUAGGGAAAAUCUGAAAUAUCUUAAUUGCUUGGACAACUGUUCUUUCUUUUUGCUGUUGGAGUUGGGGUAGUCCUGCCAGGUUACACAUCUGACUAUAUGCAGUUGAAGUAGAAAAAUCUUUCACUUUUGCAGCGUUUGAAAGUGAAUGAUUCUUAGAUCUUAGGUACGAACCGAAAUCAGCUAGCAGUGAGUAAACACUGGAGUAAACAUAUGUUGAUGAGUUGUCUACCAUGUUUGUGUCCUCUGGAGUAAACAUGUACAUGGGUUGCUCCAUUUUGUACUUGAGAUACAUGACACCAGAUCGAACAAAAAAUUGGAAUAGAGAUGCAGAGCUUACCAGAUA